UCAGCUGCUUUUAUAUUAAGAGUCACCUCUUCCAAAUUUUCUGGACAAAAUGUCUAAAUUUUCAAUAGUUUUUCAGGUUUUAAAAUGGUUAAUUUAGUGUCAACUCUAGCGAACCUGUUGAGAAGGACAGCGUCAGGUCCACAUGUACCUAAGUGGCAAACCUUUCGAGAUGUACUGCUAAAGGAGGAAAAUUUGUAUUUAGUUAAUAUUUCUUCAUCUGUUUUAAUAUCAGCCAUCGGUGAUCUUUUUAUUCAAUGGAAAUUCGGCAAUCGGAGAGAUGGAAAUAGAUUUGAUUACUCCAGGACCAUGCGAGUUGCUCUUGCUGACGGGUAUACUUGUGGAUCUCUUGCUCACUUCGUAUACCGAAGAUUGGACAAGUAUUACCCGGAACCAACAUUCACCAAUGUAGGGAGGAAGUUGCUCGUCGACCAGACCUUGCUCACCAUGAGUUCACUUAUAGCAUUCUAUUUAACCAUUGGAUUCAUGUCUGCUGAAGGGAUGAAGGAGAUAUUUGAGGAGAUGAAGUUGAACCUUUGGAUGCUAUACACGGCGCAAGUUUGUAUUUGUGCCCCCACGCAAAUUAUUAACUUUUGGUUCAUACCAAGUCAGUACCGGCUCAUCUACAUGAACACGCUGUCUCUCGGGGCCGCUAUGUAUACUUCUUAUUUUAAAUACCGAUAGGAUCAAGCUGGAACUAAAAGGCAAAUAAAGUUUUUAAAUU